GUGUAAUUGUCUAGAUGUCUGCACGUUUGAGAGUGACUGGGAUUGUGUGACGUUAGCUUAGCAACCAGCACAUGCAUGACACGGUGUCAUCACACCUGGUCUGCCAGACUAAUCCGUUUAGCAUGAUGAGUAACUGGUCAGCUAACCAACUCGCCAUGUUUAGACCGAUGACGACGGUUUCAGUGUUUCUGAAUAGGUUUUAGACGCAUGCAGUCCGGAUAGUGAAAACAGAAGAUGUUCAACAAAUCUUUCGGCGCCCCGUUCGGGGGCGGCACCGGGGCGUUCGGCACUUCGUCCACGUUUGGUCAACAGAACACUGGUUUCGGAGCCACGGGUGGUUUUGGGGCCUCUGCCUUUGGGGCCACUAACAGCACCGGGGGACUGUUUGGUGCCACGCAGAACAAGCCAGUGGUGACAGCAAACCCUCAGCCCAGCUUCACUGGAGCGGGUCGAGGAGGCGGCCUCUUCGGCUCCAGCACCUUCAGCCAGCCGGUGACCUCGUCCACCAGCACCGGGUUCGGGUUCGGGGCGGCCGGCGGGACGACCAACAGCCUGUUCGGCAGCGCCGGCGCCGGGGGCGGCCUCUUCUCCCAGCAGAACAAUGCCUUCGCCGCCAACAAGCCCGCCUCCUUCGGCACAGCCUUUGGCACCAGCACCAGCAGCGGGGGCCUGUUUGGGACGACCAACACCAACUCCAACCCCUUCGGCGGGGCGUCAGCGUCCCUGUUCGGGCCCUCGGGGUUCACCGCCACGCAGUCGGGGACGACGCUCAAGUUCAACCCUCCCUCAGGAAGUGACACGAUGGUGAAAGGGGGCGUGACCACCAGCAUCAACACCAAGCACCAGUGCAUCACGGCCAUGAAGGAGUACGAGAACAAGUCUCUGGAGGAGCUGCGGCUGGAGGACUACCAGGCGGGGCGGAAGGGCCCCUCCAACCCCAUGGCCGCCGCCACCGGCGUGCUUUUCGGGGGCGCCGCCGCGGCCACGCCCAGCACCGCCGCCGGCCUCUUCGGCUCGUCCGCCACCAACACGGGCUUCUCCUUCGGCCAGAACAAGACCUCCUUCGGAACCAGCACGGGCGCGUUCGGCACCGCCACGGGCAGCCUGUUUGGCGCGCAGCCGCAGCCGGCCCAGCAGGCCUCCAGCCUCUUCAGCAAGCCCUUCGGCCAGCCCACCACCACCCCCAACACCGGCUUCUCCUUCGGCAACACCAACACCAUGGGCCAGCCCAACACCAACAGCAUGGGUCUGUUUGGAAACACGGUGGCGUCCCAGGCGGGGGGUCUGUUUGGGAACACGGCCAACACCAGCACGGCCACCGCCUUCGGCACCGGCACCGGGCUGUUCGGCCAAACCAACACCGCCUUCGCCACCGGCACACCGAACCUGUUCGGCAACAAGACGGCCGGGUUCGGCACCACCACCACCAGCGCCCCGUCCUUCGGCACUGGCACCGGCCUGUUUGGGAACAAGCCCACCCUCACCCUGGGCACCAACACCAACACCUCCAACUUCGCAGGCUUUGGCGCUAACACGGCGGGCGGAGGCCUCUUCGGGAACAAAACGGCGACGGGAGGGCUGGGGACCGGCCUGGGGACCGGGUUUGGGGCCGCUGUGGGCACGGGCCAGACAUCUCUGUUUGGGAACACCCAGAACAAGCUGGGCUCCGCCCUGGGCACGGUGGGGGCGUUCGGGGCCCCGGGGUUCAGCACCGGCACCAGCGGCCUGGGGUUCGGGGCCCCGCAGCAGCCUGUCGCUCUGACAGACCCCAACGCGGCGGCCGCCCAGCAGGCUGUGAUGCAGCAGCAGAUCAACGCUCUGGCCUACUCGCCCUUCGGAGACUCCCCCCUCUUCAGGAACCCCCUGUCUGACCCCAAAAAGAAGGAGGAGCGUCUCAAACCCACCAAUCCAGCGGCCCAGAAGGCGCUGACCACGCCCACUCACUACAAGCUGACCCCGCGGCCGGCCACCAGGGUGCGCCCUAAGGCCCUGACCUCCUCCAGCUCCUCCAAGUCCCAGCUGUUCGACGGCCUGGACGACGACGAGCCGUCCCUUAGCAACGGCUCCUUCAUGCCCAGGAAGAGCAUAAAGAAGCUGGUGCUGAAGAACCUGAACGGCAGCAGCCUGUACUCCGCCGUGGGCCGGGAGACGGAGGAGCUGGCCUCCCCUGCGGAGUACCCCGAGAACGGGCUGAGCGUGCCGGAAACCAGGCCCCAGGAGGAGGAGGAGGCGGAGCCCGAGAGGGCGGAGGAGGAGCUGGAGGAGGUGACCAAGUUCUACACCAACCCCAUCGCCAAGCCCAUCCCACACCCGCUGGAGGGCAGGCUGAGCCGGCAGAGCCAGGCCCUGCAGGACACCAUCGCCGAGCUGAACGUCCGGCCCGCCGGGGCCUCCAACGGCCUGGAGCUCAGCAGCGAGGACGCCUCCCUCGCCGACGACUCCGCCCAGGAGGAGCAGGAGCCCGACGCCCCCCCGGCCCCGCAGCACCCCGCUGGCAUCGUCCUGGGCAGAGUGGGGUACUACACCAUCCCGUCCCUGGAGGAGCUGGGCAGCAUGCUGAACGAGAACGGCGACUGCCUGGUGGAGAACUUCACCGUGGGCCGGAAGGGUUACGGCUCCAUUUUCUUCCCUGGGGAGGUGAACCUGACCGACCUGAACCUGGACGAGAUCGUGCACUUCCGGCGGAAGGAGGUCAUCGUCUACCCCGACGACAAGGCCAAGCCCGCCGUGGGAGAGGGCCUCAACAGGCGUGCGGAGGUGACGCUGGACGGGGUGUGGCCCAACGACAAAACCACCUGCACACAGAUCAAGAGCCCCGAGCGCCUGGCGGAGAUGAACUACGAGGGGCGUCUGGAGAACGCCUGCCGCAAGCAGGGGGCGCGCUUCCUGGACUACCGGCCCGAGACCGGCUCCUGGGUGUUUGAGGUGGCCCAUUUCUCCAAGUACGGCCUCCAGGACUCCGAUGAGGAAGAGGAGGCUCCGCCCGCCAAAACGGACCCAAAGAAGCUGAAGACCGCUGCCGCAGUUCCGCCCCCCCAGCAGCAGGUGGCGCUCAAUGGAAAACCCACACCACAGAGCACAGCCGUGCUGGAGCUCCUGUCCCGGGCCUCGGAGGUGGACAGCGACAUGGCGGACAUCACGCAGGAGCUGCCCGCAGACAGCGUGCUGGACGGGGACGACCAGGACAGCGGCCCGCUGGAGGACACCCCCGCCGAACCCGAGCCCGUCUCCGUCUCCUCACACAUCGCCUCUGCCAAGGGCAUCAACCCCCACGUCCUGCAGAUAAUGAAGUCCUCCCUGUUCAUGGAGGAUGAGGAGGGAGAGCUCUUCCCCAGGCUGGGAUUUAGCCUGUCUUCCCCGGGAUUCGACCAAUCAAAGGACCUGGGCUCGCCUCGUCUCCUCCUGCCCCCCCAACAGGGGCGACCGUCCGGAGGGCUGCUCCAGGCCCGGUUCAGCACGGGGGCGGGGCUGUUCUCCCAGCUCCCCGAGGCCCCGUUCGGGGGCGUCCCCCAGCGGCUGUCCCGGACGUCCGCGGCGGACGCGUCGCGCCUGUCCCCCUGGCCCUCGCCGGGGCCCUCGUUUCGGCUGCCCGCCCCGGCCCCCGAGCCCUCGCUGCGCACGGUGGGCACGCAGCGCCAGCCGGACCUGGUGCCCGCGGGCAGCUCGGUGGCGCGGGACAAGGGCAAGCUGCUGAUGGACGCCGCCCUGUUCAUGGGCCGCUGCUUCCGCGUGGGCUGGGGGCCCAACUGGACCCUGGCGCACUGCGGGGACCCCCUCAGCGGGCCCGCCGGGGCCCCACAGGACCCCCCCGCCCAGGCCCUGGAGUUCGGCUUCCUGCCCAAACUGGCCAAGAGCGCACAGGUUUCGGAGAGCCCCUUCCGGGUGCAGGUGGAGCGGGUGGUGGACGCGGAGCGGGGGGCGAGCGAGGAGGCGCUGGCGCUGUUGCGCCGCCCCCUGGAGAUCGAGCUGAAGCACAGCAGGGUGAGCGCGGAGGGGGCGUGUCCCUUCGUCCAGCCGGCCCCCGGGGUGGACGCCCUGCACGAGUACGCCGACUGGAUCAGCGAGGUCACCGCGGAGACCGGCGCUGCUGAUGGCACGGUGCAGCACUGGCGGCUGGUGUGGACUCUGUGCGCCGCGCUGUGGGGGCGGCUGGGGGAGGCGGAGCCGGAGGCGGAGGCGGAGCCCGUGGGGGGCUACGCCCACCAGCUGGAGCGGAGGCGGAGCUUCUCGGCCUGGCUGGCCCGCUGCGCCGCCCCGCGGGUGGAGGAGGAGGUGGAGGGCGUGACCUCCGCCCCGCACCAGGGCCACGUGGACGCCAUCUUCAGCUACCUGACCGGCCGCCGGCUCAGCGAGGCCUGCAAGCUGGCACAGAGAUCCGGGGACCACCGGCUGGCCCUGCUGCUGUCCCAGGCGGGGGGGUCCCACUUCAGCCGGGACCUGCUGGCCAUGCAGCUGGCGGACUGGAGCGGGCUGCAGACGGACUCCUUCGUGCAGGAGGAGAGGCUGCGCAUAUUCGCCCUGCUAGCGGGGAAACCGGUGUGGCAGACGUCGGACAGCUGUGUGAACGUGUGCUCUGAGCUGGACUGGCAGCGUUGUCUGGCCGUGCACCUGUGGUACCUGCUGCCCCCCACCGCCUCGGUCGCCGACGCGCUCAGCAAGUACCAGGCCGCCUUCCAGGGCACCAGCGAGGGGCAGAAGUACGCCUGCGCCCCCCUCCCCCCGUACCUGCACCACCUGGAGGAGGAGCCAGAGGAGGAGGGGGAGGAGCAGAGGCCGCUCUACGACAUCUGCUUCCACCUGCUCAAGCUGUACAGCGACCGCCACUACAGCUUGCAGCAGCUGCUGGACCCCUGCACGGUGACCAGCGACCGGCUGGACUACCGCCUGAGCUGGCACCUGUGGAACGUGCUGCAGGCGCUGCACUACACGCACCUGUCCCAGCAGCACCAGGGCCUGCUGCACGCCAGCUACGCCGCCCAGCUGGAGAGCGCGGGACUCUGGGAAAUGGCCGUCUUCGUGCUGCUGCACAUACCCGACCCCACGCAUCGCGAGCGGGCGGUCCGAGCGAUGCUGGACCUGCACUGCCCCCUGGUGGAGACGGAGGACUCUGCGGAACGGGAGCACUUCCUGACGGAGAAGCUGCUGGUUCCGGUGCAGUGGAUCCACGAGGCCAAGGCCACGCGGGCCCACCGGGAGGGAGACCGGCACCGGGAGGCCCUGCACCUCUACAAGGCGGGGCACUGGAACCAGUGCCACAGGCUGGUCAUCCAGCACCUGGCCUCAGAUUGCAUCAUCAACGAGAACCACGACUACCUGCUGGAGUUCCUGGAGGGCCUGUCUGCUCCGGAGCGCUGCGUGCAGAUCCAGGACUGGCCCACGGUCGGCCGCGUGUUCCUGGACUACAUCCACAUCAUCCAGACCCUGCGGGCCAUACAGCAGCUGGAGAGCCCCGGGUACGAGCUGGAGAGGCUGCACAUGGAGGUCACGUCGCUCUGCAGCAGGAUAGAGCUCAUCCCCUGCAGCACGGCCAAGGACCGGCUGGCCCAGUCAGAGAUGGCGAAGCGUGUGGCGAACAUCCUCCGCGCGGUGCUGAGCCUCCAGCAGGGCGGCGACUCUGCCUCGGGGCGAUCCCAUGUGCCCCUCCGCCACCUGGCCCCCCACAUCGGCCGCCUGCCCAUGCCCGAGGACUACGCCCUGGAGGAGCUGCGCGGCCUCACCCAAUCCUACCUGCGCGAGCUCGUCGUCGGCCAAUGAGACGCUUCGCUUUGAGGAAGGGGCGGACCGGUGGGAGGGGCCUCCUGCUUAAGCGGGAAAGCUGAUUGGUUGGGUCUAGCUGUAUCCUGCCCUGGAGGGAUUGAUGGACUGCGAGGGCUGGGUCUUUAGGCCCCGCCCCUUCUGACACGCCUCUUGUAGUUACCUGCGGACGUUCAGUAGAUAAAGCAUUCCUUUGUUUUGUUUUGUUGUUUUUUUGUACUUUUUAGUUGCCUAAAGAUGUGUGUUUAAUAAUUAAACUAUAUUUUGCAGAUUUG